UGCAUUAUUUUAAAAGUCCAGUCGUCUGGUUCAACAAGGCAUUUCCCACCACCUUCAUCUUCUUCUUCUUGCUCACAUAUCUUACAUAUAGACACGCUAUAAUCUUUUCUAAAUUACAUUUAGCUUUUGAUUUGUUAAGUCUCUUGAAGCUCGGACUUCUAAACGCUAUUAAAUGAAGAAAGUGGAACUAAAAUUGUGGUUAUAUAAUGAGAAGGAUAAUUUCUUCAAUUUUCGAAAAAUUUAUGAGAAGGCUAACUGCUUCAAAAAUGAUGAGAAGGCUGAGCGAAAGGCCAUGAAAGCAGUUUCUAGCCUUGCAGGGAUUCAGUCCAUUUCUAUGUCUACGGACAUGAACGAGAUGAAACUAACAGUAAUUGGCACCGUUGAUCCAGUUGCAGUGGUCAAGAAGUUGCGAAAAUCAUGGCACACAGAUGUACUCUCUGUCGGAGAACCCGACAAGAAGAAGGAGGAGCCUAAAAAAGAAGACGGCAAGAAGGAGGAGCCUAAAAAAGUUGAAUUCAAGCCCAUUCCUUACCCGGUCUACUCUUUCCCAAGUGCAGAAGAGUAUCCAAAUGCUUCUAUUUGUGCGAUUUUAUAAUAAUGAGAACAGAGAGUUAAAAGGGGUGUGUGUGUGUGUGUGUUUUUAUAAAUCCUAGUACCCAUUUGAGAGACAGAAUGAAUAACAACAGCUGAUUCAAUGUUCAGCUGAUGAUGGUGUGUCGGAUUGACUGGUUUUUAAUUUGGUGUGUUUUAGCUAAUACAAAACAAGAAUAAAUUAUGGACUUCAUGAGCACUAUAAUAUCUGUUUUUAAUCAAACCUCGAAGUAUAUUGUCAUCUUUAUUUUUAAAUUAUAUUAUUGUACCU